UAUAGAGCAAGAAUGCACCGAUAAUUGCUACGUUGCCUGAUAAGUAGCUGAAGAAACCUUCGCAAGCACAAAAGGCUCUCGCAUUUCAAGACAAGACGCACACGCGGUCGGCCUCUAGGGCUCCAGAGGACUGAAGAUAGCAAAUCAGCCGUCUGCGUGAACGUUACCUAUAUUCUUGCAGAUGGUUAAACGCUAGACACACGAGAACAGGAUAAGCGCGAGUGCGGUUCACCCGUAAAGGCCAAUGGCCGAACCUACCUCCAGCGCGCGCGAGCGCCUGUGGAUUGAGCCACCGGUAUUUCCGCAGCUUGGAUUGGGCCCAACAACACCUGGAAUGGUCGCGCCCACGAAGAGCCGGUGCCGCGCCUCGUUUUGCGACUCCCUUGCACCUUCCUUUGUGCAUCCGUCUGCGACUUUGGACCUGGACGCCGCGCUGGUGGUAAUUUCUUUCAUGGAACCCAAUGAGAUUGUGCUGGUUGGACCGUUGCUGUGCAAAGCGGCAAGCAAGUGCUUUGGCCAAGGGAGCGACAGUCGAACGGUUCAGCUCACACGACCGGUGCCGCACUGGGCCUUCAAGCAACACUUCGCCCCGCGCGACAGCGCCCCACCCCAGCACCCCAGCACCUCCUCCAUCGCCCCCUACCCUUCCUUGCCCUCCCCGCCGCCUGCCUCGCCCGGCCUCGCGGCCCUGCCCUUCGCCGCGCGUCAGCGCCUCUUCACCGCCACAGCCGCCGCCGGCGGCGCCGACUGCCUCGCCAAUCUAGCCGUGCUCAAGGCAGCUGGUUGCCCCUGGUCACACGAAGUUGCCACGGCGGCGGCGCGCGCAGGGAACUGCCUCGCUGUCGAGUGGCUGCUGGCGGCGGGCGCGCCGCUCGAUGCGGGGGCGCUGAUGGCCGCGGCCGCAGAGAGCCUGGAUGUGGGCCUGCUGACGUGGCUGCUGUCGCACCCGCGCGUCCUGGCGGAGGUAGCCGAGGCGGCGGCGGCGGGUGCAGCGGCGGCGGCGCCAGGCGCGGCUGCUGCCGACGCCAGCAGCCAUGUUAGGGUGGGCCGCGGUGUGGAGGGUGACGUGUCAGCGGAGGCGCAGGGCGCGGGCAAGGACGACGUCCAGCGGCAACAGAGGGCGCUGCUGCUGACGACGGCGGUCUUCGCGGUGGCGGCCGGCGCGGCCUCCGCCGCUGGCAAGGCCGCGGAGGCCGCUGCAGCGACCAGCGCCGCGGGCGCGACAGCGAGGGCGGCGGCGGCGACGCAACGGGCGGCCGCCGGCGCAGGCAUGCUGACGUUUCUGGUGCAGCGGGGCUGCCCUGCAGACGAAGCGGCAUGCAUCGCAGCAGCAGAGGGCGGCCACGUACAUACAUUCCGGCAAGUGGUCGCCGCCGCUGCUGCGGCCACCGCCGCCGCCGCCGCCGCGGCGGCGGCGGCGGCUGCCCCGGCGGCGGCGGCAGUGGCCGCUCCGGCGCACGUCAUAACGCCGCAGGUGUUCACCGCCGCCGCGAGGUCCGGCAGUGUCAGCAUGGCAGUGGCCGUGAUGCAGGAGCUUCUGGGCAACGGUGUAGAUGUAGCGGCGGUGACGUCAGCGGCGGCGGCGGAAGCCGCCGACAGUGCCGCGGCCAUAGCCACAGGUGCAGAUACAGCCGCCGCCGAGAGUGUGGCGGCGCUCCGCGCCGCCGCCGCCGCAGCUGGCGUAGACGCCGACGCAGCAUGCUGCGCGGCGGCGGCGGCGGGCUCGCUGCCGCUGGUGCGCUGGCUGCACACACACCUGGCGGCGCCGCUGACGCCAGAGGUGAUGGUUGCUGCGGCGUCUGGCGGCACCGACACCGCCGACGCUGCUCCCUCGGCAGAACAGGCGGACGGCAGCGGCGGCCGCGGCAAGGCGGCGGCGGCGGCGGUUGUGGCGUCGGCGUCGGCGGCGGCGGCGCUGGUGGAGUGGCUGCUGCGGCAGGGCUGCCAGCCGACGCUAGCGGCAUGGACGGCGGCCGCCGGCGCCGCUCGACUGGCCGUGCUGGGGCACUUGGCGAACAGUCAUCGGGAGCUGCCGCCGGCGGCGCGGGAGCUUCCCGUUUUUGCAAUGGCGGCUGUUGGCGAGGUGCUGCCUCCUGGUCUAGGCGGCGGUGGCUUCGGGCCAGCGGCCGCGGCGUGGGGUGCCGAUGUUGCACAGGGCAGCCGUCAGGCGCCGCCUGAGCUGAUGCUGGCGACGGCGGCGGACCUGCAGCCCAUCCUCACGGCUGCGUGCGGGUCGGGCAGUACGGCAGCGGCAGCCUGGGUGCUUGAACACCUGUGGGGCCGGGGCGUGCGGCCGGACCAGCUGGCGUUCGAAGCCGCCGCACGCGCCGGCGACGUCGCCACCCUGCGGCUGUUGCACGGCUGCUUCCUCCAGGCGCAGCGGGAGCGGGAGCGGGAGCGGGAGCGGGAGCGGGAGCGGGAGCGGGAGCGGACGGCGCCGCGAGAGGCCCAGGAGGCAGCCGCCUUCCGUGGCUGGGCUGCGCACGUGCCGCACUGGCCGCAGCAGGGGAUGGAGGUGGACGCAGGGCCGGGCGCUGCGCCGGCAGGGGCGGAGCCGGCGCCAUGGCUCAGCACACAUGUGCUGUGCGCGGCGGCCGAGUCACCAGCCCGCGGCGCGCUGGCCGCGCUCCAAUGGCUCCUCGCAACACCGCCAGUGGCGCCGCCGGACGCGGCUGUGAUGGCGGCGGCCGCCAGUACGGGCAACGUACGGCGGUUGGCGGCGCUGCGGGCAGCUGGCGGCCGCGCGUGCGCCGAGGCGUUCCUGGUGGCGGCGUGGAGCGGCAACGCGGCGGCCCUGGAGUGGAUGGCGGCGCAGGCGUGGGAGCAGGCCGCCCGCCGCGGGGCAGCGGCAGCGGCAGCGGGUGAUGGGGGGCCGGACGCGUCUGUGCCUGUGGCCGUUGCAGCUGCUGCUACUGCUGCUGCUACUGCCGCUGCUGCUACUGCUGCUACUUCGGCGGCGGCGGCGGCGGCAGCUUCGUUGGAGGAUGUUCAGCUGCUUGACGUCACCACUGCAGAGCCUUUCAGCCCCGAGCACCCGCACCCGCACCAGCCCGAGAUCACUCUGAACGGGAUUUCCUCAGGCGCCCUGUCGCCUUCCCUGUCGCCCUCACCGGCGGCGUCGGAACCCACCACGCCCUGCUCUUUGGGCGGCGCCGCCCAUGGCGGCGCCCGCGGCGGCGCCAGCUCUGCCUUUUCUCCAUCCUCGCCGGAAGCCCCAGACCGCCUCCCCGCUCACCACCACCACCAUCACCACAACUGCCACCACCAACACCACCGCCACCACCACCAGCGGCAGUUGCCGCCAGAGGUCGCCGAGGUCCUUGACUCACAGGCCUGGUUCUGGGCGGGUGUCAAGGCCGACUGGUGCUGCCUGGAGGUGCUGCAGCGGCUGGGCUGCCCCUGGGGCCCUGACACCCUGGCCAGCAUCGCCGGCACCGGCGCCAUUGGCAGCUGGGACUUCGGCGUGCUGCGGUGGAUGCAGUCCCGGGGCGCGACCGCCGACCAGCGACUGCUGGCGCUACUGCCGCCGGGGCCGCAGCGGGAGGAGGUGGCGGGCUGGCUGCAGCAGCAGCAGCAGCAGCAGCAGCAGCAGCAACAAGAGGCUGUAGCAGCCGCAGCAGCAGCGGGGGCGGAGGCCGCGGCUGCGGCGAGGCAGGGCGGCGCAGCGGAGGGUGGGGGUGGUGGGGGCCGUGUGGCGAGUGCGGUGGCGCGCGGGCUGCGCAAGGGGCUGGGGCGGCUGCUCAGCGGCGUGGGGCUGGCGGGCUGCAGGCUGCUGCUGCAGCGCGGCGGGCAGGGCGGCGGGCGGGCAUGACUGCAUGAGGAUGUUGUAGGGUUGUAGGGUACGACGGCACACACGGCACGGUGCGUCGGUGCCGAGGUGGAGGAUGGGAGUCGGGGAUGCGGUCGGGGAGCAACGGCC